AAACUGCUGUGUGAUACCAGACUGCUGUGUGAUACCACCAACAUGGUUUAGGUUGGUACUUCCGGGUCAAAAGAAACUGGUCGCUUCUUUAAACGUGUUUAGAUGCGUUUAAAACGCAGAGAAACACUGUUUCAUCGGUGACUUUUGCUUUCGUACAUUUUUUUUCGAGAGUACAGCGUGUUUAUGAUACAGAAUCCCCUCGUAACACGGAUUCGGAGAGACGGGGGCUCGAAAAUCUUCUCCAAAAUGGCCGACAGAAGUGACGUGCAAAGUCAAACGGGGCUGCAGCGACUAAACUCUGAAGACAGGAAAACCUGUUGGGUGUGUUUUGCGACAGAAGAAGACGACAGGGCGGCCACGUGGACACAGCCGUGCCGCUGUAAGGGAACCACCCGAUGGGUGCACCACUCCUGCCUGCAGAGGUGGAUCGAUGAGAAGCAGAGGGGACGCAGCAACACUGUGGUGUCCUGUCCGCAGUGUAACACCGAGUACAGAAUCGUUUUCCCCAAACUGGGCCCCCUGAUGUACCUCAUCGAUGUAGCCGACCGUAUCGUGUACAAAGUUGUACCGUAUGCUGCCGCGGGCAUCGUUGUUGGGUCCAUCUACUGGUCAGCUGUGUCGUACGGGGCCUUCACCGUCAUGCAGGUGUUAGGACACAAGGAAGGCCUAGACAUCAUCGAGAGUGUGGACCCCAUCUUCCUAUUGGUCACCUUACCUACAAUACCCAUCAUGCUCAUUCUAGCUAAGAUGAUCCAUUGGGAGGACUAUGUGCUGAGAGUGUGGCGUCGACACUCUUCAAAGAUCCCCCUGCUCAACUACUUGUUCCCAUCCAGACAGGAGGAUAGACAG